AUGGAACCGACCGGGGAAAUAACCUUGGUACACAUACAAGCAGCCCUCGAGUCACUGUACAAUGAUCCGAAUCCACAGAACAAGGAUGCUGCCCAGAAAUGGUUGAUCAAAGCGCAACGAGAUAAAUCCGCCUGGAAUUGGUGCUUCCAGCUUUUAAACAGUGCAUAUUCCGUAGAAGUACAGUAUUUUGGCGCAAAUGUGCUUCAUUACAAAAUUGCCAACUGCUGGAAUGAAAUUCCACAGGAACAAAUUGCUGAUCUUCGCCAGACUCUCAUGGAAACAGUGUUUCGCUAUGCAACAGGCCCGAAAAUCGUGCUCACAAGAACAUGCGUUGCUCUUGCUGCUCUCGUCCUCCAUCUAGUUACUGGAUAUUGGGAUACAGCUGUCAAUGAUAUUAUCCAUACACUGAAGAACGUCGAUUUUGCCGGAGCUACAAUGGUUCAAAAGUUCAUCGCCUUGCUAGAAAUUCUCACCGUCUUGCCAGAAGAAUUACAAACCUCCCGACUUGACAAAGCAACUCGACGAGAUGUUCGGGUCGGUUUAACGAAGGGUGCAGAACAAGUUCUUGCCCUUCUGCUGCAGAUUUUAACAGAUGCUUCCAGUGAUAAUUGUGCGAAGGAAAAAGCGCUAAAAUGCCUGGCCAGCUGGCUAGUUCUCGAGCUACCUCCCGAUUUGACUACCAACCACGUUUCCUUAUGUUUUGAUUUUAUCCGUCAACGAGAAUUGUUUGAAGUAUCAGUCGAGGGAAUUCUAGCUGCUCUCAAUUCAGCCCACACUCAUGCUUAUCCCGCGUCGAUAGAGGCGAUUUUCCCCAAGGUUCUUGCUCUUGAUCCAUUGCUAAAUGAAGCCAUAAAAAAUCAAGACCAAGAAAGCCUCCUCGGCAUAUCGAAAAUUGUGUGCGCUCUGUGCGAGCAUCAUACUCGUUUGUUACUGGCGAAGAUUGAACCCUUCGGCGCGCAGCUCAUCCAAAUGGUCCUCAAAAUUACCUCAUUUCCUUUGCAGUAUCCCACUGAAGAAGCGGCAAGUCCAAUUUCGUUCUCCUUUUGGUACUCGUUGCAGGACGAGUUUGAUGCCAUGGACCAGCAGAGACAGCAGAAUUGGGGAAGGUUUAUCCAUACGCUGUUUUUCACGCUUGUAGACAAACUAGUCGUGAAAUGCAAACAUCCCGACAUGUCGAAAUGGUCAGCUGAAGAAAAAGAGCAGUAUCGAGUCUAUCGGAUUGACGUUUCCGACACUCUUAUGUACAUUUUUAAUUUACUCGGCCCCGGAAUGCUUCAAUUUCUCGUCGACAUUCUCGUUCGUCAGUGUAGUCAAAUGCCCAACUACGAUUGGGGCAUUGUGGAGAGUCUGCUUUUCUGCUUCUAUUCGAUUGUCGAGUCGUGCGAUGCAGAGGGCGACUUUAUGACUCCAGUAGUCAACAUUUUACCUAAGCUUGAUAUGACUAAUCAGUAUCUUGCUGAAACUUGCAUGUACACGGUCGGCGCUUUAGCCGAGUGGCUGACCUACCGCACCGAGUAUCUGCCCGUGCUGUUACCUAUCGUCAUUCCUGGCCUGCGCGAUCCUUCCCUCGCGCUUACUGCUGUAUUAACCCUCAAGCGCAUCACGCGCGAGUGUCGAUUCUGCGAAUGCUUCACCAAGGGCACACUCUCAAUUGAACUCGUUGUUGCCAUGCGCGAUGCUCUUCAUGUUGGGCAUCUCAAAGGACAAGAGUCCGGCUGGCUCGUCCAAUCUAUAGGUCACGUACUUUCCGCUUUGCAAGAAGAUGAAUGCUUGAAGCAACUUGAACUCGUUAUUGCACGAUAUGUGGUGCGCGUUGAGCAACUCUGCCAACAACAACCGACACAACAAAACAGAGCAGCUCUUAUCGAAGACAUUUCACUACUAUCACACUUACAAUCGACGCUCGACAGAGCGAAACAAGACGAUGCUGGAAAUAUCAUCGUCGUAAAUCAGCGUCCCGCCGCGCUGGUGCUCGAAAAAAUGAUUCCUCUUUUAAAAGAAGUUGUUAAACGAUACUUCGAAGAUGCAGAAACUAUACACGUUGUCACCCAGUUCUUCGACAAAUCCAUCAAAACGAUGAUGGACCACGCCACUGUUUUCGUCACGCCAAUCACUGAACUCCUAGUUCAAAUCACUCCCAACUCAUCUGCAUUAGUUGAAAUAAUUCAGCAAAUCAUUUCUGUCUAUUCUGAUGUCAAGCAGCCUGAAUGCCAUAAACUCCUUCAAUGUAUAUCCUGUCACUUACAGCAUCUCACCAAAGCCGGAGGUCUUCCUCACAAUCCUGAUAUAGUUUCAUCCUCACUAGAUUUAUACGCUAAUCUGAUCCGCAAAAAGACGCCAUUUAUACUCGCCGCGCUUCCUCCAAUCGAAGGCAUGUCCAUGAUGGAACAUGCCGGAAAACUGAGCCACAGUGGACUCUACUUCUGCGAGCCGCCAGUCGUCAAAGCGGCCAUUUCACUCAUUACAGAGGCUUCAAGGCAAGCAUCUUUGCAAGAGAUGAUCACUCACUUUGGCCAGGCGUGGCUUCUGGCGCUGAUGGACAACAUCACGGGCAACGCUGGACGGCAGUUAUUGGACUUUAUAGCCGAUGGACUAUUUGCACUGUCGAAGCCAAACGUGACCGUUUUCUCGCAGUGGAUGAAUUUUUGGAAAAACGAGCGCAUUAAAAAAUUUGAAGCCGCAAAUGGCAAAGAGACGGAAGCCCAGCGAAAUCAUUUUAUACAGCAAUUAAUACGAGAAAGAACGAACAAGCGAAAAGUUCGCGAGAUUUGCACGCAAUUCUCCAUGCUCGCCCGUGGCCUCCAUGGAGUCAGUUAG